UGGAGCUGGUGGUUGCAGUUGCGGUUGAAUCGUGAACGGGCGUUGUUGAUGCACCGUCUGCCAUUUUGAUUAGAAGUACUUUGCGCGCUAUAGAUGGUGUGAACAGGCUCUUCAUUGGAGAUCGUUGUACAUAACAUUAAGGCUACUGUUUAGGCAAAAUGCUGUCUGCCGCCCAGCUACUCGAUGAGUUAAUGGGCCGAGAUAGAAACUUGGCCCCUGAUGAGAAGCGAUCCAACGUACGAUGGGACGACGAGACCGUCUGCAGAUAUUAUUUGUGUGGGUUCUGCCCGGCUGAGCUGUUUACAAACACCCGUUCUGACUUAGGUCCAUGUGAAAAAAUCCAUGAUGAAAAUCUCAGAAAAUUGUAUGAGAAAAGCUCUCGGUUUAUGAAAGAGGGCUAUGAACGAGACUUUCUGCGUUAUCUGCAGUCGCUUCUGGCAGAGGUGGAACGGCGGAUUCGCAGAGGGCAUGCACGACUUGCUCUGUCUCAGGCUCAACAGAAUGCAGGGGGUCCUGGUCCAUCAGGAAAGAAUGAGGAGAAGAUCCAGGUCCUAACAGAAAAGAUUGAGGACUUGGUUGUACAGAUUGAGGAACUGGGGUCAGAGGGUCGGGUGGAAGAGGCCCAGGGCAUGAUGAAACUGGUGGAACAGCUGAAGGAGGAGAGGGAGCUGCUCAGCUCCACCCCCUCGACUAUUGAGAGCUUUGCAGCCCAGGAAAAACAGAUGGAGGUUUGUGAGGUCUGUGGAGCCUUCCUCAUUGUGGGUGAUGCACAGUCUCGAGUGGACGACCACUUAAUGGGAAAACAGCACAUGGGCUACGCCAAAAUCAAAUCCACUGUAGAGGAGCUUAAGGAGAAACUACGUCGGCGUUCAGAAGACCCGCAAGGUGAAAACCCAGCCCUAAGGAGAGACAGAGAAGACCGUGAGCGUGAGAGGGAGGAAAGGGAAAAGAAGCGCAAAGAGGAGGAAGAAAAGGAGAAGGAGCGAGAGAAAGAACGAGAAAAGGAGAGGGAGCGGGAGAGAGAGCGGGAGCGAGAGAGAGAAAGAGACAGAGAACGCGACAGGGACAGAGACCGGAGGGCGAGACGGAGCCACUCGAACAGCCGCCACUCCAGCCGAACCUCAGACAGGAAACGGAGCAGAUCCCGGGAUCGUCGGAGAUCCAGGAGCAGAGACAAGGACAGGGAGAGAGAUCGCAAACGCAGCAGGAGCCGGGACAGGGACAGGGACAGAAGGCGCAGUCGUGAGCGCUCUGACCGGAAACGUCGCUCUCGCAGUCGCGACCGGAGGAGGUCGCGCAGCUCAGAACGCAAAUCCCACCGGCACCGCAGCCGCAGCAGGGACCGGGACAGGGAGAGAGACCGGGAUAAGGAGAGAGACCGGGACAAGGAACGGUCAUCAAAGGACAAAGACCGUAAGUCAACAGAGGAGAAGAGCAGUAGCAGCUCCAAGAAAGACAAACACUCUGAUGGUGACGCAGCAGCCGUCAAGGCUUCAUCAGAAGCGGAACCGAUGGAGACGGAGGCUGCUGCCUCUGCCCCCUCCCCUCUGCUUAACGGCCAGCAAGAGCUCCUCCAUUCUGAAGGUGACACUCAGUCCAAUUAAAACUGAUCUGAUAGGACCUCAGAUCAGGCUCAGGUAAGUGCGCCCUCCUCCUCACUCCCCCCUGGCUCUCAACCCAACCCACCGCCUUUCCCACACUCCCCACCUUUCCCAUCUCCCCUACCCACCCUGUCACCCUACCUUUCCCACCCUGUUUACGUUCAGUUCAAUGCCUUUGAUUUUGUCUUAUGUACUGUAUGCAUAUAUCUUUAUCCUGUUUUCGAAUAGUGCAUCAUAAGUAUGCACUGAAGAUGAAGGACUAGGCCCGAUGAAUGAGAAGAAGGUAGAAAUCAUUCACACAAAGCCAAGAGGGAAAGGCCAGUGUAGUCCUGAGCAAACAUGCCCAGAGGUACCCCUCGUUUUGUAUCGGUUUUUGAUACUUAUAUUUGUCUUUGUGGACAAAGUGGCAGAAAAAAAAAAUUAACACUCCAAUCAGUUUUUCCUGCCUGUAUAUACUUGUUUUUAUUUAUUUUAUUUUAUUUUUUUGCAUUUCUAAGAAGUAGGAAAAUGUAAUAAUUUUGAUUUGUUGAGAUAUUGGGAGAAAAUGUAGUCACUGUGUGUCUACAUGUAUAUAUGUCUAAAGGAUUUUUUUUUUGCUCUAAAAUGUAACACGCAGACAUUUAGCCUUCGUCACAGGUCUUUGUUAGAAACAAGACUAUUUCUUUUUGCAGUUAAUCAUGACUCAAAUGCCAUGGAUUUGUUGUCCAGCUUACUGUGCCUGAUAAUGCCAUGCAGUGUGUGUUUUGGGGGGUGUUAUGGCACCGGGGGGCUUAACGUAACUAACUAACUGGAGGGUAGGGUGUAUCGAAUGAAUUGCAGCUGACUUCCAUACCUCACACAGCGUUGGUGUUGUGAGCGAGACCACAUGAGAAAAGGGCAAAUUAAAAAUCAUGGAUACUCUCUGACUGUCAAACUGUGCAGGUACUCACCCCAGGUACUCCUUUCUCUACCCACAUCCAUUUCUGAAUGCUGUUGCCUGUCAGAACAAAACAUAUCUGUACUUCUCCAGAACAUGAACUUGAAAGCUUGAUUGUGUAUAUUUUUCUUUGUGUUUUUCUUUGUUUCUGUAUUUGUUAGCUGUAAAUGUCUGGGGAAAACUUACUCAGUAGAAUCAUGAUAGUUUUAAACAUGCCGAGACGCACCGACAGCCUGCUAGAUAUACCUAUGCCAAUAGGAAAUAGUCACUUGUGUUUUCCCGUUGUGUACGCCUCUAGGUCUUUAUAUUCCAGUGUUACAUUUGUUUCGGGGCUGGGUCUGAAUCCAUGAUUGGCUUUUGCUCUGCUCUGAAAACAAGUCUGGUUUCACAUUGGCAAAGGGGAUAUCAAACAGGAUUGUCAAUGUUUUUAUUUAACCAUUAGGGCCAACAUUAGUAAAAUCCACAAGCUUUGGUCACUAUUUAAUUAAGAUGAAUGUUGGAGCUAAAAAUAUAAUUGAAAACAUGUCUAAAACUGUGAUAUUCUGGCCCAUUGAGCCAAUACCAACCUAAGAUACUUGAUUAGCAGUGUCUCUGUCAUGAGCUUCACCUUCCUUAAGGGACAUGCUUGAUAAAUAGCUUAGAAACAGACAAUGAUGAUGUCAGUCCAGUAGCAGCACACGUUGCUACAAACACAUGUUGCGGGGCCUUUGCUAACACUACAUUUUAUGACCAUUUUUGCUCGACAGGGGAAGCUGGGAUAUCUGGUGGAGGAAGAAUCGGAAGAGCUCACCCAUCCUUACCCUGAACCUGAAUCUCCGCUUCUUAAAAACAAGGUGAACCACAAAUGUGUAGUGGCUUAUUUAAAAUACGAACAUACAUGUGUAAAUGAGGAGAGGGGAAAUAAAUGCAUUGAUUUCACUGUCCCUUUAUCAUUUUUGCCGUAUCUUCAGGCUGGUAUGAGGGUAGUUGUGGUUCAUCUGAUGUAUUUCUUUACUUGGUCUAGCUGUCGGCCAGACGUCACUUUAAUACCAAACUUAGAGGAGUUAAUUUUGUUUUCUUCUUUUGAGACUCUCUACGCAUCAUCCUUGUUUCUUGGCAUUUAGUGGAAAUAAAAUAAAAACAGUGCUUGUGGUUUGUUUUGAUUUGUCAGGUUCCACUUCACUUCCAGACUUGAGAGCAUAUGUACAUUGUUAGUCCCAUAAUAGGGCGUGUCUUUCUCCUCCACUUUUUGAGCUCACAUUGAUUGCUCUUGUCCCCUUACUGUAAAAUAUAAUUAAUGAUGAUCAAAAGAUUUUCAAGACUGAAGAUUUGUUUAAUUUUGCGCUGCUUUUAAUGUUCAUGUUGUCUUGAUGAAUAAAAAAAAGUGGAAAAACCUGUGAA